UUGGCCAGGCUGGUGUCGAACUCCUGACUUCAGAUAACUCUGAAUGGGAUUUGAAGAAAGGCCCCAGAGGAUCUGUUAAAGUGGUGCAGAUGGGAAACAAGAUUAAUGCCUCAUGAUGGCGAGUAACCCAUGUGCCACAUAGCACUCUAUGCCAACCUUGAAUGCCAACAGGAAGUCACUAGACAGCAAACUCUUCGAACAUCAUAACUUAGUUGUUGGAGCAACCUGGAAAAGAAGAAGAAAAAAAAGCCAUGGCAAAAGUAAAUAGAACUCGGUCUACCUCCCCUCCAGAUGGAGGCUGGGGCUGGAUGAUUGUGGCUGGCUGUUUUCUUGUUACCAUCUGCACCCGGGCAGUUACAAGAUGUAUCUCAAUUUUUUUUGUGGAGUUCCAGACAUACUUCACUCAGGAUUAUGCACAAACGGCAUGGAUCCAUUCCAUUGUAGAUUGUGUGACCAUGCUCUGUGCUCCACUUGGGAGUGUUGUGAGUAACCAUUUAUCCUGUCAAGUGGGAAUCAUGCUGGGUGGCUUGCUUGCAUCUACUGGAUUCAUCCUGGGCUCAUUUGCCACAAGUCUGAAGCAUCUCUACCUCACUCUGGGAGUUCUUACAGGUCUUGGAUUUGCACUUUGUUACUCUCCAGCAAUUGCCAUGGUUGGCAAGUACUUCAAUAGACGGAAAGCCCUUGCUUAUGGGAUUGCCAUGUCAGGAAGUGGCAUUGGCACCUUCAUCCUGGCUCCUGUGGUUCAGCUCCUUAUUGAACAGUUUUCCUGGCGGGGAGCCUUACUCAUUCUUGGGGGCUUUGUCUUGAAUCUCUGUGUUUGUGGUGCCUUGAUGAGGCCAAUUACUCUUAAAGAGGACCACGCAACUCCAGAGCAGAACUAUGUCUGUAGAACUCAGAAAGAAGACUUGAAGCGGGUGUCUCCGUAUUCAUCUUUGACCAAAGAAUGGGCACAGACUUGCCUUUGUUGCUGUUUGCAGCAGGAGUAUAGGUUUUUACUGAUGUCAGACUUUGUUGUGCUGGCCAUCUCCGUUCUGUUUAUGGCUUAUGGCUGCAGCCCUCUCUUUGUGUACUUGGUGCCUUAUGCUUUGAGUGUUGGAGUGAGUCAUCAGCAAGCUGCUUUUCUUAUGUCCAUACUUGGAGUGAUUGACAUUAUUGGCAACAUCACAUUUGGAUGGCUGACCAACAGAAGGUGUCUGAAGAAUUACCACUAUAUUUGCUACCUCUUUGCUGUGGGAAUGGAUGGGUUCUGCUAUCUCUGCCUCCCAAUGCUUCAAAGUCUCCCUUUGCUCGUGCCUUUCUCUUGUACCUUUGGCUACUUUGAUGGUGCCUACGUGACCUUGAUCCCAGUAGUGACUGCAGAGAUAGUGGGGACCACCUCUUUGUCAUCAGCGCUUGGUGUGGUGUACUUCCUUCACGCAGUGCCGUACUUGGUGAGCCCACCCAUUGCAGGAUGGCUGGUAGAUACCACUGGCAGCUACACUGCAGCAUUCCUCCUUUGUGGAUUUUCAAUGAUAUUUAGCUCUGUGUUGCUUGGCUUUGCUAGACUUGUAAAGAGAAUGAGAAAAACCCAGCUGCAGUUCAUUGCCAAAGAAUCUGAUCCCAAGCUGCAGCUAUGGACCAAUGGAGCAGUGGCUUAUUCUGUGACAAGAGAAUUAGAUCAGAAACAUGGGGAGUCUGUGGCUACAGCAAUGCCUGGUUACAGUCCUACGUGACCAAUUACCUUGAGCCCCAGAAUCUUCAGGUUUGAGAGAGGUGGGGCCACUAGAUUCUUCAUGUUUCUGAAACUUUUUAUUUUGGCAGAAGUAUUAUCUUCCAAGGAAAUUAUUAUUGUUUCGUUACCAUAUUAAUAUUUAUAAGGGAAAAUAGCACAUAAUAAAGAAAGCUGGACUAUCCCAGAGGCUUCUCAUUUGGGAUUUGUACUCAUAACUGAACUCCUAUCUUUUGGUCAAUGAGCAUGGCUCUACAAGAAAUGUAAGGACACAACUGAUAUAAUUAGCUGUAAUUAGGGAAAAUUUCAAGGCAUAACCAAAGUAGAUGACACUGGGCAGCAGCUUUCAUCCAGUCUCAGCCCUUUCAUGUUCCCUCCUCAAAAAGAAAAUGGAAACAGUAACGUGUAGCUUUGCUUGCCUUGUUUGAUUUGGAGAAGGAAGAUCAGCUUGGGUGUGGUGGUAGAGAGCGAAGAUACCAUACCUUUUUCAUGAUGGAGUUUCUCAUUAGGGUUUGACUUGGGGUUGUUAAAGGAUACUCGAGAUUCUUCAAAAGGUGGUGACUAAUAUAGAAAGAAACUCAUUUUUUUUUCUCUUAGUCUUCCAGCCAGCCCUUGCCUCUGCUCAAGGGCAGACACCACUUUGAGAAUCCAGAUAAUUGUGGAAUGCCAUGAUUGGAAUAGAUCUUAAAGGGUGGCUGGUAAGAUCUAUUUGAUAUUGUCCACUGGAAAACUGAAAGCUCUUUUCCUAAGACUGAGUCCCAAGCUCUCACCUUUAUUACCAUCACUUAUAAUACUUACUCUAGUAUGUUAGCAGAACAUACUGAGGCACAAGGACAACCUCUCAAUCUUACCUGAAAUGUUAACAAUACCAAACUUCUCAUUUUUUACCUUUAGGGAAAAAGCUCUUAAACUGCAGACACAUUCCUGUGAGGAUGAAAAAAUGUUGGCAGUAUUCCAGUUGGGCAGGAAUUGAAUUCUUGAAUCAGCAGGUCUCUGGUGAGAGUUUUCUUUGCAGAUCAGACAUUUAGUUUCAUCACUGCCCAAAAGAGGAUUAGAGAGGGUCAGUUAUCUGAAAAAUAUUAUCCUAGAGAUAUUCUAAAGGUGAGAUUAUUUUCUCCCUGUGUUAAUUCUUGUUCCAUUGUCCACUGCUUUUCAUUUCUUUAUGGGUAAUAAUUAGAAAUCUACUUAUUAGAUUAGACAUUUAUUCACCCUCAAAUACUCUACUUUUCUAUGGUUUGGGAUAAUUUCUGAGUCUUCAGAUUGAAGAGGGAAGGGAGGGAGGGAAGAAAAUGUCCAGAUCCCCCAGCCUGUCUCCAACCAUUUUAAGUCUAAAGAAUUAUAAUCCUCAAUCCCACAUCAUGUCACACCUGUAAAUAGGGGCAAAUUAAGCAAUCAAUUUUAAUUAUUCUGUAGUUUAAAAUCCAAAUGUCAAGGAACUGUUUUGAUCCUGAAGGCUGUUUAAUCCACUGUCUCCUGUGAGGCCUCACAAGUGUUGGUGGUAAAGAAAACAGCAAUGAGGAAGAUCCUGGGUUACUGUGUAUGUUCAGCAAGAGAGCUUGCCUAUCCCUGGGUUAUUUCAUAAAAUCACAUGUUAAUACAUUGCUUUCAGAAUGAAAUACUGACUUGAUUUGAUAAGAGAAAAUGGUAGUAUUUCAUAGUUAUUUUCAAAAGAGAAAUUUAAAUGUUAACUGUUUUCUCCUUAGUUUAAGAAUUUAGUUUUGCACCCCAUUGACUUUGUCAUUUGCAAUUUUAAAAAUAUUUGGAAGAUAUCUGUAAAAAGUCAAAGUUAAAAUGAAGUUAUAUCUGUUUGGAAUAGCACUUUGCCCUAAAUAUCAUUUUUUGAAUUUUCAAGCCUAAAGAUUUUAAAAAAUAUAAAUAGUUACAAGUAUUCUUAUACAUAUUUUUUCAUCAUAAUCACAACAAAAUUUUGUUUAUGUGGUUCUGCAAUAUAAUUCCUGUGAAGUAUUAUAAGUAUUUAUGAAAAAUGAGCAUAAUGAUAAGGACUUUUAAAGAUUUUGUAUGGGAGAUUUGACUUUAAACAUGCGUAGAUUUGCAUUUUGCUUUCUCUUUUGAAGCAGCAUUUUUAGAAAAACAGUAAGAAAAAUGUACAUCUUAAGGUCUACUAUUUUACAUUUAUACACAGAAUUUUACUGUUAAUGUUCCAUGUGCCUAUACUGUUUAUUUCAAAACUGAGAAAUUCAUGAGAAUGGUGUAUUUUGUGGAAUCAAGAACAAAAUUGUAGUGGGAUAAUUUUACAUCUUAAAUUUUUCUUUCUACUACCCUAAGUUCUACUUUGGAAUUAUCUGAGUAGAAAAGCAGAAGACAUGAUCUAACUUUGUAGAUAUACUGUAUGAUUGGGUUCUUUGUUCAGAUUGCAGUUUCAUUAAUAGAUGAAAUAUUUAUGCUAAUAUUUUCUUAUUUCAAAAGCAAAAUAAAAUGAGUUUAUUGUCCUGUG